AUGGGGCCACUGGGUGGCUCUGAACAGACAAGUGAAGUUGCAGAUCCGGAAGAGAUAUCAGGGGGCGAUUCGUUGUUCCAACAAGCUGAUGGACCGCUUUUCCACAUCAACAGAACACCUCUUUCUCCACUCAAGAAGAUCCCAUCGUCUCAGGUUGAAACAACAGGAUCCGAGGGUAAUGUCAAGGAAAAGGAGAAGCCAACGAAGAAAGAAUUACAGGUGAAGAUGGAAAUCUCUGUUGGUGAUCCCAUCAAGGUUGGCGAACUAACGGGUGCCCAUAUCGCCUACAGUGUUCGUACAAACAGCGAUAGCGAUCUAUUCAAAACUCCACAAACGGUGGUCUCUAGAAGGUAUAGAGAUUUCAGAUGGUUAUACCGUCAGUUGCAAUCUACACAUCCUGGUCGUAUUGUACCACCACCACCAGACAAGCAGGCAGUGGGAAGAUUCAACGAGGAUUUCAUCGAGGGAAGAAGGUUUGCCCUUGAAAGAAUGUUGAAGAAGAUCUCAGAGAACCCCGUUCUUCAUAAUGAUCCUGACUUCAUCAUGUUCUUACAAAGUGAGCGAUUCUCUUCAGAGGCCAGAGAGCGUGAAAAGGCUGCCGGUGCAAGCUCUAUCUUCACUGAACACGAAUCUGAUAGUAUGAACAGUAACUCUGGUGGAUUCCUGAGCUCCAUAGGAGGUGCCUUCUCUUUCACGCCAAAGAUCAUUGAGCCUGAGGAUUACUUCAAGGAUAAGAAAUCAUAUAUUGAAGGAUUAAGCCAACAGUACAAGGUUUUCUUGAAGAAUUUGGAGACUAUCAUCAUUCAGAGACAUGACCUGGCAUCUGUUACUGUGGAGUUUGCCAACAUCAUCGAGACAUUGGCAGAUUUGGAAAUCUCGAAGGGCUCAACAGAGAUUUUCCAGGAGUUCGCUGCUACUGAAAUGAGGCUAAAAGAACUUCUAGACAGAUUGUCACUACAGGAUAUGCUGACCUUGGGUGCCACGCUUGAUGAAUACAUGAGAAUUAUCAACAGUAUCAAGACUGUUUUCCAACAGAGAGACAAGGUUCUGGUCCAACUGUCAGUGGCAGAAACCGAUUUGAAGAAGAAGCAGGCUUCUCUUGAUAAAUACGUCAAGUACAACAGAACACAGACGGAGAAGAUUGGAGUUAUCAAAUCAGAACUCACAGCAAUUGAACAGAGAUACAAGGCAACAAGGGAACGAUUUGAUGAAAUAGGCAAUACGAUAAGAGAGGAGCUGGCAACAUUUGAGGUCGAAAAGAUCCAUGACUUCAGAAAUACGGUGGAGAUAUUCUUGGAGAGUACAAUUGAGUCUCAGAAGGAAGCAGUUGAGUUAUGGGAAACGUUUUACAAUAUGUACCUCACGGCUUGA